AUAAUUUUUAUUGAUUUUGUUCGAUCUUUGGCAAUGACAGUGACGAACGGUGACUUACGAAUAGCUUACUCGAACCCUUAGAAAAUUCUUAUGGAUAUAUUACGUGCGUAAUACAAAAAGUUUUAAAAUUUUAAUAAUAUUUCAAGUGUCGUGGAUUAUUAUAUAAUACAAAGAUCGUUAUAGGUAAAAAGCUUUGAAACAGAAUACUGUGAUGUGGCCGAUAGUAGCUUUUCGACGUAGCUCGACGAUACGCGAGGAUGUUUUUGCUCGAUCGCGAAACAUCUUCGUUGAUCGAUGAAAAUUGCUACGGAAAACGAUUGAUACGUUAGAGCAUAAAUUUGUAACUUUCCGGGAAAUAUUUGAAAUAUUCGAGUUGUGUAACGUUUGAAGAUCGAACGCGACGUUUAAUGACAUCCGAGACCCGUUGCACUUGAACCGUAUAAAAAAAUUGUCAGAGCGGAGAAUUAAGACCGUGACUUUGUUGGAAUUCAAUAAUCGAUAACUUUCGGUCGCGUGAAAUCACCGGUUUAUGCUCCGUUAGUUCGGAAAAUUGUAACAUUUUCGUUCUUCUCGUUUGUAACAUCGUUCAGAUCGAAUAUCAAGAUGAAUGAGCAUCUUUCUGAUAAUGAAUAAUUACCGAAACAGCGUAGAUAGUAAAAAUUGGUAUUUUUAAAGUUUGAUGACAUUUCAUGUAAAUAAUGCGUAAUUUUGUAAACUGAUAAAACUGAAUGUUCGAUUGUAUUGUUAGCAAUAUCUUUCAGAUUUCUAAUAUUUACAUUUUACAAUUUUUAACAUUUUAUUUAACAAACAUCUACAAUUUUCUGAAAUGGAAAGCACCAUUACGUAUGAGAAACGUAAAACGUUUGCGUACGUUUAUAAAAUUUAUCAUCGCAUUACGCAAAACUACGUCUAGCGAGUUUGCAUAACUAUUGACUAGUAUGUAAUUUAUGCUUGAAUAUCGAAAUCGGAUAUUCGAUGAGUUCAAGAUCAAGUUCGAUGACUAAGUGGGAAAAUUCUUCUCAAAGUAAUAUCACGUGUUACUUUAUCCAACUAUGAUGCAUAGAAAAAUUUCCAAAUUUCAUAAUUUUCUUUUCUUUAUGGAAACUUUUAUGAAGAUAAUUGCUCGAUCGAUGCGAUCUUUAAUUUAAGACGACAACAAUCAAUACGAAUGUUGAGUGAGACAUUCGCGUGAUAAUGUUCAAUAGGUGCGUGAUACGUGUUCUUGCUAAAGCAUGUCCGAUCAACAUCAUUGUGUCGCGUGCAUUGUGACCGUUGGUUGUUAUAAAAUACGCGGAAAAUUAGUUGGCGAGCUUACUCGUGCACGUCUUUUCGGUACACGAUACAAAGUUUAAUCGAUCAGUUCUUAUUUGAAUGUCUAUCGGUCUUUGGAAUCGAAAAUUUGUACGUUCGUGUCUUUCACACCAUCAGAAUUUCUCAACUCCAAGCAUGCAUAAAGGUUUAAUAAAAAUAUUUUUACGACAUCAAUUGCAACACAAAUAAUAACCAGUUGCAUUGAAAUAUUAUGUAUCUUUACAUACGUAUUACAGUUACGUCCUUAUUUCGUUUAAGUGGCAAUAUAAAUCGUUUUAUAGAGUUAAAUCGUCUGCCAUAAAGGUACUCGAGACGAAGACUCGUUAAAGCGACGUAAAAAUGCAUCGUUUCGUUUCAAGAGCUACCAUUCAAAUGCUAAGAAACCUUGGUUUUCGAUAUUUAAGCCAUUUCGUGUAUUUUCUACGCUUUCCACUGAAUUAUGCAGAAUCUACUGUACUCGCUGAUAAAUCGCCACAAACAACAUAAAUUACAUAGUCUUCUAAGUCACUUCUGUUGUAGAAUGCAGCUACUGAUCCUCUUAGCAGGACUCGCCUGCGCCUCAACCACCGCAGAAGUCCUCGAAACUAUAGCUCAAUGGCCGUUGCUAGACUUUGCACUUCCGUACGACCAAGAAUUUCUCAAUCAGUAUCGUCCAGAGAAUGUAGUACCUACUGGAAUAGAGAUUGCGUGGGACAAAAUCUUUAUAAGCGUCCCAAGAUUACGAGCAGGCGUCCCGGCGACCUUGAAUUACAUCCCGAGGAAUCUUCCGCUAGAAAGUAGCCCGCAACUUCAAGCUUACCCCUCUUGGGACUGGCACAGCGCUGGAAAAGGCGAUCUGAACUGCUCCAAGCUGAUCUCCGUGUACAGGACCAAACUAGACAGAUGUAAUCGACUAUGGACCAUAGAUAGCGGCGUAAUAACGUCAAUUGAUGACUUCAGACCGGUUUGUCCUCCGAAAAUAAUGGUAUUCGAUGUGAAAACCAAUCAGUUGGUGCGACAGUUCACGUUUCCACGAGAGGUGUUAAGACCAAACACGUUGAUGACGAAUCUGAUUAUCGAUGAUACCGCGGCAACUACCUGCGACGACGUGUUCCUUUAUAUAUCUGACACUGCAGGACCUGGUCUAUUGGUAUUCGAUGGUGCCACGGACAGGAGCUGGCGUGUGGUGCACGCAACCAUGUAUCCACAUCCAGAAUUCUCGACUUACAGGAUUGGCAGCGAUACGUUCGAAUUGAUGGACGGUGUCGUUGGACUCGCAUUUUCUGCCAGACUUGGAACGGUUUACUAUCAACCUCUAGCGACCGAUCGUCUGUUCAGUGUACCAACCACUGCACUUCAGGCGGGUCCACCAGCAUUUGGUGAACAGCUACCGGUGACCUUAGUGGGUAAAAAGUCUAGUCAAGGUCUUGCUCUGGCCGUUGAUCCACGAGACGACACGAUCCUUUUCUCUCCACUUACCGAAACAGCCAUUGCCGCCUGGCAACCACAAAGUAACCAACAGAGGAUCUUAGCUUACAGUCCGGAGAAGCUGCAGUUCGUCGCUGAAAUUCGAUGGGCGGAGCGCGAUAGUGGCAACUUUUGGUUAAUGACCAGCAGAUUCCAAAAGUUCUUCAGGCGAGAGGUGAAUGCACGCGACAUCAACAUUCGAAUAAUGAGGCUGAUGCCUAUACAGCGUCCGCUGAAACAUCCGAUCCUCGAUUCUUUUACUCGAACCUACUUACUUUCCGACUUUCCGUCGCAUUUCUACAACAACACAAUAGGAUUCUAAAAGGAAGAACAAGUGUCGAAGAAUCGGAUGCGUCUUCGACGUACCUACGUACGUCUAAUAGGAAAUUUUCUGAAACUUCCCUAAGAUUAGACUUAGAAUAAUCUAGAUGUAUAUGGGUAAUCCCAUUACCUUCGAACAAGAGAAAUCGAAGAAGCUUCAUAAAUUUCUUUUAGCAAGGAAUCUCGUUAGAAAAGAAGGAAAAAUGUUUAUCGUUGACAUCUUAGCGUCUGUAGAGUAGAAUGACAAUUUUGUAAAACAUGUACUAUAAACAUGGAUAAACAUUUAUAUUUUACGGAUAAACAUUUGUAAAACAGAGAGUAGCGAAUGUUAUUUUUAAGCAAUUUCAACGUAGGUGUUCAUUGACGAGUAUUAGGAACGUAUCAGUAAUUUGUAGAACCGAGUAUUAUGUUAUAUAUAGAAACAGAAGUAUUUUGUACCGUUAUUUAUUCAUUAAAGACUAACGCUGUUUAAUCCUACCAUCAUUCGGACGUUAUUUAUACAGUGAAUCACAUCACGUUCCAAUACAGCAGAUAAAAUUCCAGGAAAAGUAUUUUGUUUAAGGCGUGGAAUGUUUUCUUAACUCGUACAGCUCCUUUUAUAUCCCAUAUAUCCAAAUGUCAUUUUUUCACUGUGAAAUACCAAGGUGAAAUACAGGCUGUAAAUUAUUAAAAAUACCGUGAAUAUAAAAUUCUGUAUAAAUUAUCAAAAAUCGAUGAAUUAUUUCGAACUUGGUAAACUCAGUGCGAAUGUAUAUUUAAGUUAUAAUUAAUAAGAAAAAAGUUAUAACAAAUAAGAGAACGAAAAUUUUAGAAACAGGAAAUGUUCAAAAAAAGAUGUCCCGACUGAAUGGGAUCUUUAGAAAUUAACGAACAAUCGAUAUAAUUACAAACUCGCAAUGAUUAUAUUUAUCUAUUAAAUAAAAUUCUGUAUGCGUAAACGCAAUUACACAAUUGAUAUUGUCGCAAUCGUCAUUUACAUCGUUCGGGGUUUUCAGAAAAAGGGAAAAUUGCUGCCGUUUAUGUAUACAACGUCACAGAUAAAAAUUCUAUUAAACAACUAUGGAGACAGCUGCACAUACUUAUUACAUAAUCCAUGAAUUAUCUAUGUAUAACCGAAGAGAUAUGUAUUUAUUGCGACGUCCGUCACACAUCGAUAUUAAACGAGAACUGGAAAAAGUCGAAAUCCAUUACUGGGUUAUUGACAGUUUAUUGACAUUUAGAAAAUGUAAUAGGUUCGUUAUCUCGUAAUUGAACAAGGGAACAAGGAAAAUAUUAGUACAAAUAUGCCAGUAACAUAUUCGUAUUAUGUGCGUGUUGUUAAGUUCAUUCUGUUGAUAUUAAAAUACGUGACAAUACGUGAUGUAUUGGAAAAAUGUAGAAGACCCUGAGAAACGAAACUCUUCAAUUCCAUUCCCUGCAAAAUUUGUUAAUUCCAGUGCAAGAAAGUAUAUAAUUAUCGUUUAAUUGUUCAACAAUCAAACGAUCGAUCUCGAUUAAUUCAUUUUCUACUCAUUCAUUUGUAUCAAGCUCAGUUUUAAAAGAAUGUAGCGAUCUCGCAAGAAUUUCGCUCUAAAAACAGAGAAUACGCAAUUCCUAUUUCGCAACUAAUUUACAGUGUCGGUACUUGGCUGGCCGACAAAAACCUAAUUCAGUGUGUCGAAAAAUUUACGUUCAACUAACGAUCUCGACUUUUCCCUAAGAUGACGAUCUAAGAAAAAGAAACAAUCAAUUAUAUUUACGUAAAAUCUUAGAUUAAUUUCCUCGGGACAUCUUGUCACCGUUCAAAUUUAUCACACUCAUUAAUUGUCUCUCUGAAUAUAUUGGGAUUUUCCCACGCGUUAACUUCUUUCGAAUGUAUUUAACUGGCUGAUAAUUAAAUAGCCAAGUGAAAUUCUCCGAGCUUGUGGUCCUGCCAUGUGACCGUGACCAAAGAGAUCACGACAUUCGAAGGAGCUCAACUCACUCGAUCUUUGUGAAGAGACUUUAUUGGCAACAGAAUCGUUGCUCCACGAGCAUCUGUCUGUUCAGUCGGUGAUCGAACGCGGUGACGCUAUGUGCUACGUUCCGCUCUGUCUUAUUUUGUUAUCAAUGAACUGAUUGCAUUUAAGGUAGAUUCGUUGUUUCUUCUACAAAGCUAGACAAUAUUCGUGACGGUUUUAUAUAAUAUCCAUUACGCCUCAAGUAUUCGCAUUAAACAAGAAUUCUUGAAAUUCCAACGAAAAUUAAUCAAACUAAGUGAUCGUUCGCAUGGUCGUUGAUCUCGGAAUAAUUUUAAUUUGUGCAUUACCCUACGCUGAUACUCGUAUCAUUAAAGUGCCGGUGUAAACAUCGUCGACAGCGUUAAUGUUAUUUUGAAAGAUACCAGAACAUUAUAUCCACUAUCAAAGUGCGUCAACGUCAUUGAUACUGAUUCUCCCGAAAAAAAUUUGGAAAAUCGUUGAGAAGCGAAUUUCGACACUUUCGGUCGCACGAAUCCAAGUCGGUGCCAUUGCGCUGUUAACAGCUUUUGUUAAUGUCUUGUCCGUAACGGUGAAAGUUGCGCGGGAGAAAGAGUCAGGUGA